AUGCGUCUACUUCUUUAUCUUGUAUUGUUGGCCCUUCAAUCCCAAAUUGAUGCAUUCAAUUUUUCGCCACAUCCGAAUCUUGUGAUAAAUUCCCCAAAGCGUUUAGGGACUCGUUUAAAACAAACGCGAAGCUCCUACUUUGGAUUCUCGGUCGUCAUUCGUCCACAAAGCAUCAUAGUGGGAGCUCCCCGGGCCCAAUCCACCUUGGAUUCGCAAAUGACCAUCAACGAGCCAGGAGCGAUCUUCAGGUGCUCCCUUGAAAACGCAAUCUGCAAUCCGUAUGCCAUGGAUUCCCAAGGAAAUGUGGUUGCGCCUGACACUUGGACAAUGAACUCUGAGAACAAGGAUUUUCAGUGGCUUGGUGGAUCAAUGGAUGGUGGCACAAGGGAUACGGAUAUGCUCCUCGUGUGUGCACCACGAUUUUACGCCUCAAAAGGAAUCGAAGGUCACCUUCAUGGAAUCUGCUACUGGGUCAAUAACACAACGAAUAGUACACCGGAAAACGUGACUCGCAUCUCUCCAUUCCGCUUGGAAUCAAACCAGAUGUAUCCGAACCGUACAGCCAGGUACUAUUAUUUUAUGGGGGAACAGGGCCUCAGUGCCCACGUGGCGGACGAUAACUCCCAAUUCCUGAUCGGAGCACCAGGUGUCUAUAAUUGGAAGGGAGCGGUAAACCUUUACAAGAGCAACAAAGACAACAUCCUCAGGAAACUUUCAUUGGAUGAAAACUCGUACCUUGGCUACGCCGUGGGGUCCGGAUAUUUUGACAGCAACGACCCGACCAGCCUCUAUUACGUGGCCACUGCUCCCAAAGACCAAAUUAACUCCGCGGUAGCCUAUAUUUUUGAUGAUCAAAGAUUUAUCCACCCAAAACAAACUUUGAGAGGCGAGCAGUUUGGCGAAUAUUUCGGAUACUCCGUUCUGGCGGAAGAUCUUAAUGGAGACGGACUAACGGACGUUAUCAUAUCAGCGCCCCUAAAUGAUAUGGGUAAUUCCUGCGACAACGGUGUCAUUUAUGUUUUUAUCAACAAGGGCUCGUUCGAGUUUGACCGGACGACUGUGGAAUCUCCAGCAGGAAGCAAGUCUCGAUUCGGAACUACUCUUUCGCGUCUGGGUGAUAUAAACCAUGACGGAUACAAUGACGUGGCCGUGGGAGCACCGUUUGCCGGAAACGGAUCUGUUUUCAUAUAUCUAGGAAGCGAAAAUGGAUUACGGAACAGACCGAGUCAGCGACAGGAUUCUCCUUCCCAGACACAUUACGAGUACGGAGAUCACAUGUUCGGUCACGGCCUGUCCCGCGGAUCGGAUAUAGAUGGCAAUGGAUUCAACGACUUCGCUAUAGGAGCACCCAAUGCCGAGACUGUCUAUCUCUAUCGCUCCUAUCCCGUAGUAAAAGUAUAUGCUACAUUAAAUUUGGAUUCGCGAUAUAUCAAACCGAAACAGGAGCAGGUAAUUUUCACCGCCUGCUACCGAUUGAGUACCAUGGCCAAGGCUAAGGAUCUGCAGCAGCAGGAGCUAGACAUCCGGAUUACCAUGGACAAGCGGGCUGAAUUCAUCGAGAAUCAGAGCAGUGAGAUGAUCUUCAAGGCGAAUGCGGGUCUUGUCGAGCAAUGUCGUACCUUCGAGAUCAAGGUGACCAGAAAGUCCGUACGUACGCCCAUCGAACUGGAGAUGCACUACGAGUUGGCAAAGAAGAUUCCCGAAACGGAAGGGUUCUGCGAAACCUGCGUGAUUGUUGAUCCCACGGAUCCGAGUUCUUGCACCGAAAAGAUCGUUUUCUCCACUGGGUGUGCCUCCGAUGUUUGCGUCGUUGAUCUGCAGUUGAAGAGCGUGGAUUUUAGACCCACAUAUAUUUUGGGAUCUACCGACACACUCCGCCUAAGCUACGAGAUCACCAACCAUGGAGAGAUCGCCUUUCUGCCUCAAUUCAACGUCACCAGCUCCGCCCGUCUGCCUUUCGCGCAGAUUCCUGGAAAUUGCAAAGUCGAUGAGUCGGUUAUGAUAUGCGAUCUGAACCACGGACAACCGCUGGCCAAAGGUGACAGUGAUUCCGUCUCCAUCAGUUUCGAUGUGACCCAUCUCAAGGGACAAUCGCUGAUCAUCAACGCAGCAGUAUUUAGUGAGGGAAACGAGAAGAAUUCCGCGGAUAAUAAGCAGACCAACAAGAUCAACCUGAGAGAGUUUACCGAGAUUGAUGUAAGCGGGGGUCAGAAAAGCGAUCAAGUGGAUUUGGAUGACAAGAGGAACUCCGUGGAAAUCAUCAACAGUUACGAGAUCAAGAGCAACGGGCCCAGUACCAUCGAGCAGUUGACCGUAUCUUUUUAUUUACCCAUUGCACAUAAAAAAGCUGAUUCCUCAGAAGUACAACACAUCAUUAAUAUAUCCAGCCUGAAGAUGCAGGCCACCCACGAUUCCCAAUUGUUACCCAUCAAACUUUAUGACCACAUUAAUAACCAAAUCACUGUGGACACCACUGAUAAUUAUGCACACAACGAACUGGAAGAGGAUGACCGCAAAACCUAUUCCACCCGAAAACGAAGGGAUCUCAACGAACCGGUCGCAAACCCAGAGCAGUAUGCUCUUUUUAAGACUCACGAUGUGCCCGUGAACCGAUCCAUUGUGUUUAAUUGUCAGGACGUUAAUAAGACGAUCUGCGUCAGGGCCGAGAUGAGCGUCCAAUUAAGGCCAGAUAAACCUAUCAGCCUCAACGUUAGCUUUAUCGUAGAUCUAACUGAAGUUGUAGGUCCUUGGGAGUACUUUGUUAUCUUAAGCGAUCUAGAGCUGUCCAAGAAAGGAGAUCCCACAAGCAGUUCGCUUGUAAUUAAUAAGAACAUCGAACCAAAUGUGAUAUUCAGGCACCUAAGGGUUGAACUACCCAUCUGGCAUAUUAUUUGGUCCCUAAUCGGUGGCUUUCUCUUACUUUGUGCAAUAACCUACGCCCUAUACAAGUUGGGAUUUUUUAAGCGCAAAAGGAGGGACGAGCUGAACUUGAUUCGACAAAGCAUUAAAGGGGAGAUUCCCAUCGAGAUAGAGGAGGAAAACACUAGCAGUGACAUCGACGAUUUACCAGAUCAGCAUAUAUAAAAUAUAAA